AUGGGAGCUGUACAAGGAGUUUAUCUCCCUAUUCCAGAAUAUUCUAUGACAGUGACAGAUUAUGAGAAUAGAUUCACUUCUCUUUCUCGUUUUGCUCCGGAGAUUGUAAGUAAGGAAUCAGAUAAAGUCCACAAGUUUGUAGAGGGACUCCAUUAUCGGAUUAGGACUGUUGUGGCAGCACAGUGCCUACAGACUUAUCCUGAGGCUAUAGAAAGGGCAUUGAUUGUUGAAGCUAAGCUGAAUGAUAAAAAUCAGACUCGGGAGCAGUGGAAGCAAAGACGAGCCAAUGGUUCAGGGGCUGAGGGUCAGUCUAGCAAGAGCAGCCUAGCCAUUAUAUGUCUGAUUGUCCACAAUCUUUUUCUACGGGAGCUUGCUUUGGAUAUGGACAGCAGGGCCACAGGGUUAGAGACUCUCCAAGGAGGACUGGUGGCUCAGGCAGAGGUUCUGGUAGUGGUCGUGGUACACAUCAGAGACCAUCUCAGUCUGCCACAGUACAGUAUGGGUUUAGACCACCACAGCCAGCUAUAUCUUCAUAGGGAUCUAGACCAAUGGGGAGGGGUACUUUUGCAGGCACUGGUCAGCAGUCCAGGGUUUAGGCUGGAGGUUCACAGGUUCAGAUAUCCCAGGGCCGAUUCUAACAUUUUAGCUGAAGAAGAUGGUGAUAUGGGGGCAGUUUAUUCGUUAGCUGUUUGUGACUUCUUGGAUGUGUUUCCGGAUAACUUACCAGAUUUACCUCCUAGAAGAGAGGUUGAGUUUGUGAUUGACUUGAUGCCUAGUACUGCGCUAAUUUCUAUGGCUCCGUAUCAUAUGGCACCAGUAGAGCUGGAGGAAUUAAAGAAGCAGUUGGAUGAUUUGAGGCUGAAGGGUUUUAUUCAGCCUAGUAUUUCACUAUGGGGUGCGCCACUGUUGUUUGCAAAGAAAAAGGAUGGUUCUAUGAGGUUGUGCAUUGAUUAUCGAAAAUUGAAUCAUGCAACGAUCAAGAACAAGUAUCCUUUACUGCGGAUUUACAAUUUGUUUGAUCAGUUGAGGGGGGCUAUUUACUUUUCCAAGAUUGAUCUGAGAUCUGAUUAUUACCAGUUACAAGUUCAGGAUGAGGCUAUUCCGAAGACAGCUUUUUGCACAUGGUAUGGUCAUUAUGAGUUUAUUGUGAUGCCUUUUGGGUUGACUAAUGGGCCAGCAGCAUUCAUGGAUAUGAUGCACCGUGUCUUUCAUAGAUAUCUAUACCAGUUUGUGGUAGUGUUUGUGGAUGACAUUUUGGUGUAUUCACGAUCUCAAGAGGAUCAGGAGAUCCAUCUGAGGAUAGUGUUACAGAUGCUAAGAGAGCACCAUUUGUAUACCAAGUAUUCCAAGUUUGAUCCUUCGAAGAUAGAAGUAGUUCUGAAUUGGGAAUGUCCCAAGAAUGUGUAUGAGAUUCGGAGAUUUCUUGGCUUAGCGGGUUAUUACCGCAGGUUUGUGAGGGACUUUUCUCGCUUAGCCACUCCUAUGACUCGGAUGACCCGAAAGGGGAUCAGAUUUGAUUGGACUAAAGCUUGUGAGUCAUCUUUUCAGGAAUUGAAGACUAGAUUGACUACAGCUCCAGGUGGUAAGGUAGUGGCUUAUGGAUCAAGACAAUUGAAGAUUCAUGAGUUUAACUAUCCUACUUACGACUUAGAGUUGGCAGCAAUGUAUCAUUCGGGUAAGGCGAAUGUGGUAGCAGAUGCCUUAAGCCGAAAAUCUCAUGGAGUUUUGGCUGGGUUAGCCAUUCGGAAAGGGAAGAUGUUGGAGGAUCUAGCAGAGAUGGGAUUACAGUAUUGUGAUGAUAGUGUUGGUUGUGAGACGGCUUUUCUAUUUAGUCUUGUGGUUCAACCUACUCGUGUUACACGAGUGAUUGAGGUACAGAGACAGAACUCAGAUUUAGCUGCCAUUCAUCAGUUGAUUUCAGGUGGGGACACAAUAAAGGACUGGACUUUACACACAGAUGGUGGUUUACAGUUCAAAGGUUUGCUUGUGGUUCCUACGGUAAAGGCAGAGCAUCAGAAACCUGCUGGUUUGUUGCAGCCAUUGCCAGUAGCACAGUGGAAAUGGGAGUGUAUUGCUAUGGAUUUUGUGACAGGACUUCCGAGGUCACCGAGAGGGAAUGAGUCUGUUUGGGUCAUUAUUGACAGAUUGACGAAGACCGCUCACUUUUUGCCUGUUAAGGUGAUAGAUUCUGCUGAGGCACUUGGCAGAUUGUAUGUUAGAGAGAUCGUCAGAUUGCAUGGGGUUCUAUUGUCCAUUGUUUUAGACAGGGAUGCCAAGUUCACAUCGAAGUUCUGGGAAGGGCUUCAUGCAGCUUGGGAGGAUCAUUUACCUCUUGUUGAGUUUGCUUACAACAAUAGCUAUCAGUCUAGCAUUGAGAUGGCACCUUUUGAGGCAUUGUAUGGUAGGCCUUAUCGUUCUCCUGUUUGUUGGACUGAGGUGGAUGAGACAGCCGCCUUAGGGCCAGACAUUGUCUUGGAAACCACUGAAAAGAUUAAGUUGAUUCGACAGCGGUUGUUGACUGCUCAAAGCUGA